AUGUCAAUUAGACACAAAUACUGUAUCUUAGGUGACCCUUCAGCAUUUAUCCUUUCUACAGCAUUCAUCCCUUCUACAACAUUUAUCCCUUCUACAACAUUUAUCCCUUCCACGACAGUAAUCCCUUUUACAACAUGUUUCCUAUUCACGACAUUUUACCCUUCAACAAUAUUUAUCCUUUCUACAGCAUUCAUCCCUUCUACAACAUUUAUCCCUUCUACAACAUUUAUCCCUUCUACAACAUUUAUCCCUUCCACGACAGUAAUCCCUUCUACAACAUUUUUCCUAUUCACGACAUUUUACCCUUCAACAAUAUUUAUCUCUUCCACAGCAUUUAUCCUUUCUACAGCAUUCAUCCCUUCUACAACAUUUAUCCCUUCUUCAACAUUUAUCCCUUCCAUGACAGUAAUCCCUUUUACAACAUGUUUCCUAUUCACGACAUUUUACCCUUCAACAAUAUUUAUCUCUUCCACAGCAUUUAUCCUUUCUACAGCAUUCAUCCCUUCUACAACAUUUAUCCCUUCUACAACAUUUAUCCCUUCCACAACAGUAAUCCCUGCUACAACAUUUUUCCUAUUCACGACAUUUUACCCUUCAACAAUAUUUGUCUAUUCCACAGCAUUUAUCCUUUCUACAGCAUUCAUCCCUUCUACAACAUUUAUCCCUUCUACAACAUUUAUCCCUUCCACGACAGUAAUCCCUUCUACAACAUUUUUCCUAUUCACGACAUUUUACCCUUCAACAAUAUUUAUCUUUUCCACAGCAUUUAUCCUUUCUACAGCAUUCAUCCCUUCUACGACAUUUAUCCCUUCUACAACAUUCAUCCCUUCAACGACAGUAAUCCCUUCUACAACAUUUUUCCUAUUCACGACAUUUUACCCUUCAACAAUAUUUAUCUCUUCCACAGCAUUUAUCCUUUCUACAGCAUUCAUCCCUUCUACAACAUUUAUCCCUUCUACAACAUUUAUCCCUUCCACAACAGUAAUCCCUUCUACAACAUUUAUCACUUCUACAGUAUUUAUCCCUUCCACAGCAUUUAUCUUUUCUACAAAAUUCACACCUUGA